CUAACCACCCACUUGUUAAUCUUCCCCUAAAAUACUAAAUCCCAGGCUAAUUACAUUUGCAAAAUUGACCGAAUAUCACUAUUUAUUGAUUGAAAAUCUUAGGGCAUCAAGGACUAUGAAUGACACACAGUGGCGAUAAAAAAAAUUAUUCGUGGCAUGUUGAACGCAACUUUGUUAUUGGUGGUGCUAGGAGUGAGACCCCGAGUGAUGUGACGUCUAAAUAAUUAUGGGAGAGAAGGUGGGUAACACAGAGGUCCUCGUUGGGGGGAUUGGUGGUAUAUGGCACGAGGCACGACUCACCCUGGAGGCUGACCAUCUGUUUGUCACACUCACUGACCUGGAUGACCUCAAUAAUCUUCAAGGGUCUGAUGGAGAAAGUGGACCAAGUGAAGUCCCUGAGCCAAUAGCAAGUCAGAAAAGAGUUGUUCAGAUCUGCAAGUCUGAUAACAAUGGCCUUGGUAUCUCAAUUAAAGGUGGAAGGGAGAACAAGAUGCCAAUCCUCAUAUCUAAAAUUUUUAAGGGUAUGGCUGCUGACCUGACAGAGAAUCUGUAUGUAGGAGAUGCUAUUCUUUCUGUCAAUGGGGAAGACCUGAAGGAGGCCACGCAUGAUGAAGCAGUACGUGCCCUGAAGAGAGCUGGCAAAGUCGUCACACUUGAAGGUAAUGCCUUGUGCAUUGGCUUGCCUGUAGACUGUGAAUGGAGAGGAGUGGAGGCCAAAUUAGUGCUACACCACGAAGAAGGUUUUACCUUGCUGUCGACGCACGAUGUCUCUGGUGGUAGAGGUCGUGUUCUGUGGACUCAGCCAUUCCACAAGUUGCUCAUGAGCUCUGAUGAUGGGGCAAGGUUAAUUUGGCUACGGUUUGAUGGAGAUAUGGAAGUGGAGUUGGACUUGAAAACCAACCCUAAACCUUUCGUCUUCAUACUGCAUACCUUCCUGUCAGCAAAGGUUCAUCAACAGUCCCUCUCGUCUUGACGUAAGCUAGAUCAGCCAAUGUCAACAAAAGCAUUGGGGCCAUUACACUCCAAAAAGAUUACUAAUCAAGAACAGUUAGCAAAAGCAAAAUCAACAAGCCAGAUGAACCUAAGCAAAGCUGGAAAACCCAGCCUCCACACACAAGGAAGACCGUCCACCCAGGUAGAUACCAGUGUAAUUAGCCCACCUGAUCACCGUAAGCCAAUAAAGCCAUCGAGAACGAAGGCUGAGACUAAUAAAGCUGGACAAACCACAAAAAAGCAGAACUGGAGUGCCAGUUAAAGCAUAGCACAAUAAUUUGCUGGUUUAUGAAAGAACCAGAAACAGUUGUAUUAAUGAAGAAGUUCAGUAUUUGAGACUUCAGAAAAUGUUUAUGAAGACUUGAUACGUAUUUAGGACAUCCAGCUCGUAAAAAGGUGAUUUGAGAGAAAGAUACAAUAUUGACAAGUUCCUUCUCAUAUUAUUUGUUCCCUCUCAUCAUGAAAUAGUAGAACAGCUUUACAAAAUUGAUAAAAUAACAUGACAAGAAAGCAUGUCUCCUUUUUUUUAAGCCUAAUAAUCAAGUAAUCCAGAAUUUUAAAUAGAAUAAUAAAACUUCAGUGUUUUGCAAGAGAGAUACAGCAGAUAAUGUUUAAAAUGGAGCAAGAGAAAACUUAGUAUGUAUCGUGAUUAAUGAAAAAAAGGGGUGUAAGCAUAAGUAAGGUAGGCAGCAAUCAUAGAUUGACAUAUGAGAAUAAGUGGAAACUGGAGAAAUUCAUAUUUUAACCUACCAUACCAUUUUUCUCUUUUUCCUGUCCCGUCUUCUUGGUGUCGACAGCUCAACUCAGGAACCAUAAACUGGGGAAAUUAUUGACCCCUGUAUUUUUGAUGAAUGCUUUUCUUGCUCUGUGAACUUCUAGCUUUGCUGUUACCUUAAUAAGUAAUAGUUGAGAUUAGAUAGAAAAUAAAUCAUAUCUUUGCAUUGGUUCUCUGGGCACAUAUUUGAAAUUAUGGUCCAUUAUGUAGCUAAGAUGGUGCAGAAUAUGUAUUUCACUGCUCUUCGCAGGUUUGACUUCACCUCUUAGGUGGAUUAUUAUUAUAAUCAUAACUAAGCGCUAAAUCCAUAAGGGUCAUCUCUUAGGUGGAAUUACUUUUAAAAUUCAUAUGUAUGGUCAAGGAACCACCUAACAUAGGAUGAAAUUGUUAAUGCAGCAUACGAAUGUGAGAGAUUUAAUAGUUAACUCCGUUAGGUCACUUCAUCAGUUACGGAAGAUGGUGGUCAUUACUUGCAUUUAUAAAUGUUACCUGCUGCUGACCAUAUCAGUACGUAAAGUUCAUUGAAAUCAAGAAAUAAGUGUUAAAAAUCAAUGAAGUGGGCGUACCUUGAUAUUAUGCAAAACUUAAUAGUGAAAGAGAUAAUGUAACGUCCCCGAACUUUGUCAAACUACGGAGGAAGAGGAUAGAGUAUCAGGAGUCGUCAUGUUGUGUCUCCACCAUUCCCAGAUUGUUCAAGCACUUCACCAAAACAAUUAUAUCAGCCUACUGUGCUUGACAACAGUAGUUCAGCUUAUUUUGUUAUUUACAUGGAACAGGUGAAGGUGUGUUACACAGAUUAACACUGAACAGGUGAGGUUCUCUUACUGUAAUGGCUUGCAUCAGGAAGUGUCCUAGUCUUAGAGAGUUGUUAAAGUCAUAAGAUGCUUCUGCCUUUUAAUGGUAAGGAAAUUUGAAUGCCAAGGAAUUUCUGUGAUGAUAGACAACUUAAAUUGUAGGGCUGCUUGUCAACAUUUGUGAUGCGA